AUGGCAGAUUCAAAACCAUUAUGCACGCCAGCUGAGCUCAUGCUUAAGGUAAUCCUUGCAGGGACACUGAGCCACUACGAAGUUCGGGGCAUGAUCGAUGACAAACGCUUGGAGCACAUGCUUGCCGCUGGGAAGCAGAUCCUGUACAAGACACACCAGGAGAGCGAUGUUCGUCACAAUCUCGGCAUGUCGCCGGAUAUCUGGCAAGGUCUCACGAACGUCCUCACCAAAGCAAUCCCUGUCCUCGAGUCCCAAUCUUUCGCGUGGAAAAGCCCUGCAGCAAGCUACGAACACUCAUCUGCUAAUCUGAUCGCAUACAAUUAUUUCUCGCUGGUCAAAGACAUUGAGCGUUUGAAUGAUCUGUGUACAAUCGCCCGCAACCUCCUCGCCACAACCAAGAAGGCACAGAACCUCGCAGCGGAAACAGGAUUUGACCAAAGGAUUCUAGCUUUAAUUGACACCUGUGUUCGGGUCACCGCUCGAGGCUUUGAUGGCGAGCAAAAUGCGCGCAACGAGGAGCGAUGGCAGAAAGUCGUCAACCUCUACAAGCGCCUUCUGAUUACGUGCCUCCAGUACCUUCAUAAUUUCAUUAUGCACAAUGAGCAUCGCAAGAUGGUGCUCUGGUUGGAUCUGUUUGGUUACCAUUCGACCGCUGAUACGAACAUCAUAAAGCCGAAGGAGCCUUUGGACGAUGCCAGCUCGCGAGAAGGAGUGGCACCCAUUGUACAAGUUGGAGAGCGUGUCAUCAACCCGCCGAUUCGUGCGCUUUACGACCAAACUGCGGAGGAUCUGCUAUUGGAGACUAUCGCCAAGUUCCCGCGGGAGCCGGCAACUAUCAAGGAAGAGGCUGCCAUGCUACUUCUGGCCAACAUUAAGGAUCACAUGGAGAGGAUUUUGGGGCGAGACCUCAGCGCUAUUCAGGAGAUGGGCAGAGACCCAGACCAGGUCAAGGAUAUCAGGGCUGCUUUGACUGCGAUACUUGGGGCUAAGGUUGACGGUUGGUCUGAUCUCCAGGACCGAGCUCGUGAGCUCCCGGCUGCGCUUCCCGAAGAAGAGCAUGAGGAGACCGAAGACCACGAAGACCAGGAGCAUGAGGAUCAUAGGGAACACGACGAGGAAGAAGAGGAACACGAAGUCACCAAGAAGAAGACCAUCCUGACUAUUGACCGCAGUCUCACGGCUGGUUUCCCUCGUCUUUGCUGGGCCGAUCUUCCAGAGAUCAACGAUUUUGGCGCUGUGGAUGGACCUGUUACAGACGAAGAUACCAGUAUGCCCCGGUCAGCUCAAUCUGCCGCUGAGACCCUCCAGGAAGCCAAGGAUGAACUCAUGGCUCGGCUCCAGGAGCCAUCACAUAUCGAUGGCGACGAAGAGCACGACUAUGACCACGGCGAUGCACACACAGUGGGGGAUGAUGAUUCGCAUAGCCUGGACCACAUGGCUGACGGAAGCGUUGAUGGAGAUGGCGAGGAUGAUGUGGACGAUGAUGGCGUCGAUGGAGAAGCCGAUGACGAAGAAGAUGAGGAGGAUGAAUACCGUGGCCGUCCUGGCGAUCAACAGCGGGGUCUUCUAACAGAUAUCCCUCUAGUCCUUGGACCAGCAGAAAUCGAAGCUUUGCCUAUGAUUGUCCAAGCCGGUAUUGUGGACAGCUUUGGCCUCAAGGGCGGCGAACGGAAUGGAUCUAGGAACAUGCAAGCGCUCCGUUGUCACAUCCUGCUCACGCAGGAGACAGGACGUAACCUACUGCGUGAACUACUGAUUUUCAUUGCGGCAUGGGAUCUCCCUGACGACGAGCUCUACUUCAAGAUGAUGGUUCAGAUCAUGGAGGCCGUACUUAAGAACGGCCUUAUGUCUCAUGCCUACUCCGACUUCGGCCAGCCCAAGGAUAUAAUCUCUCCGGCACAAGCUGUUGUGAUCAAGAUCCUCACCCACAUCUUCCGAGCCAAGUACUCCCCUGCUUCGGUGACGGGCUCUGCUCAGCCCAACAUCCCCCGCAACCCGAGCUCACUCAACCGAGUUGAUAUUCUCACUGUCCGAUACAUCUUCACCAUCUUCCGUGGCAACAUCAUCCCCGAGACUUGUGCUCUGAUCUACCUCCAAGGCCAGAUCCGCGCCGACCGGGCUCUUUCGGAGGACUUCCCGCUCAAUCUAUGGGACAUGGAACGGGUAUACGAAGGUGUUUACCAGUUUUUGGAGUUCUUCGCCGUGCUGACCGAAAACAACGACUGGAAGAACCUGCUGGUUAAAUGGGAGAUUGUCUAUGACCUGGUGACAUUGAUCAAGGAGUUGGAGGCAAGCAUCCCCAAGGGCCAGUUGAGCCAAUUGUCCUUUGGCUCCGUGCCCCCUCCCCCUCCCCGAAACGAAAACGCACGCGAUGUCCCCAACGCCAGUCCCCCGGCCCCUGUUGCCGUCGAACGUCCUUACGAUCCCACCGACUCAGACCCUGUCGACACUGGCGCCGACAGCGUCGACUCUCGACCCGAGUCCCCUCCGAUCACGGAAGAUCCCUCCGAGUUCGAAUGGCGCAAUCUCAAGAAGCUGGUCGUGCUUGUGCUCUCCUCGCUUGUCUGGAAGUGUCCCGAUGUCCAAGAGCAGAUCCGUCGUUACGGCGGUGUCGAGGCAAUUCUUUGCUGCACCGCUUUCGACGCUCACAACCCAUACAUCAAGGAGCAUGCUGUGAUGUGCCUUAAGUUCUUGCUCGAGGGUAACCGUGAGAACCAGCGCCUUGUUGAGGAACUCGAGGCUCGUGAGGUUGUCAGUAAUGAUGGUGGCGUACUCGAGCGCAGUGGCUACGAAGCGAUGAUUAACCAGGCAGGCAAGUUGGCCAUCCGGUCGAAGGCUCGGGCUGAGGAAAUUUUAUGA